AUGAGUAACCCCAUGGACAACAAGGCUGGCAUCUCAGAGGCCAAGGCCGACGAGGCCCAUAUCGACCAUGCUUACGAUGUCGAGGCCAAGAAGGAGAUGAACGUCGACAUGCAGGGAGCCAUCGACGCUGAGAAUCAGGAGCAUGCCAUGACUGUUCUCCAGGCCGUUAGAGCCUACCCUGCUGCGUCUCUCUGGGCUUUUAACAUGUCUUGCACAAUUAUCAUGGAGGCUUACUGUGUCUUCCUCAUGGGCAACUUCAUCGCCCUCCCCGCUUUCGCCGACAGAUACGGUAUCUACAGUGAAUCGAAGGACAAGAUGGUUAUCGAAACCAGCUGGCAAUCCGCUCUCCAAGUCGGUGGUCCUAUUGGUGCCAUCAUUGGUGUGACCCUCGCCGGUCCCAUCACCAGCAAGAUCGGAUACCGAUGGGCCACCAUUUUCGGUCUCAUGCUCCUCAACGCCUUCAUCUUCAUCUUUUACUUUGCCGACUCUCUUGCCGUCAUGCUGGUAGCUCAGCUGCUCGAGGGUAUCCCCUGGGGUAUUUUCAUCGCCAACUCUCCCGCCUACUGUUCCGAGAUUGUGCCUCUUCGUCUCCGUGCCCCUGCUACACAGAUGUUGCAGAUGUUCUGGGCUAUUGGUGCCAUCAUCGUCGGAGCUGUUGCUUUCCACUACAACGAGCUCCACGAGCAGGCUGCUUUCCGAGUCCCCAUUGCUCUCCAGUGGAUGUUCCCCACUCCCCUGGCCAUCCUCAUCUACCUCUCCCCAGAGUCUCCCUGGUGGUUGGUCCGAAAGGGUCGUCUCGAAGAGGCUGCCAAGUCCAUCCGCCGUCUCGGACGUACUAGCCAGGUCGACAACGCCCACGAGGCCAUUGCCAUGAUGAAGCGUACCAUUGACCUCGAAAAGACCAUCAAGGAGCCCAGUCUGCUCGAGCUUUUCCGCGGCACUGAUCUCUACCGUACCCUCAUCGUUUGCGGUGUCUACGCUGCCCAGAACCUUACUGGUAACCUGAUUGCCAACCAAGCCGUCUACUUCUUUGAGCAGGCUGGUAUGCCCACCAAGACUGCUUUCGCCAUGGGUUUGAUUACCUCUGCUCUCCAGACCGUCUUUGUCAUGCUUUCUUGGAUUCUCACUUCCUACUUUGGACGACGAAGCAUUUACCUCUGGGGUUCCGCUGGAAACACUGUUCUCCUUGUUGCUCUUGGUAUUGCCGCCACCGUUGGCGAUGUCGGCUCAACCCUCAACUCCAACACCCAAGCUGCUCUCGGCCUUAUCGUGUCUGUCCUCUUCACCCUCGGACCUGCUCCCGCUUCUUGGGUCAUUAUCGGAGAAACCUCCUCUAUCCGUCUCCGACCUCUCACCACUGGUGUCGGACGUGGUUGUUACUACCUUAUCAACAUUCCUUGCAUCUUCCUCUCCAGUUGGAUGCUUAACCCUACCGGCGCCAACCUUGGUGGCAAGUGUGGUUACGUUUGGGCCGGUACCGGUGCCUUCUGUCUGUUCUGUGCCUACAUCUGGCUUCCCGAGAUGAAGGACCGAUCGUACCGAGAGAUCGACAUUCUCUUCAACCGAAAGGUUCCCGCCCGCCAGUGGAAGAAGACUGUCGUCGAUAUCCACGACAACGAGUAA